ACGUUCCGGACACAACAUGGCGACCAGCGCAGUCCCCAGCGACAAUCUCCCCACGUACAAGCUCGUGGUGGUGGGGGACGGUGGGGUGGGCAAGAGCGCCCUCACCAUCCAGUUCUUCCAGAAGAUCUUCGUACCCGACUACGACCCCACCAUCGAAGACUCCUACCUGAAGCACACAGAGAUCGACAGCCAGUGGGCCAUCUUGGAUGUUCUGGACACGGCCGGACAGGAGGAGUUCAGCGCCAUGCGGGAGCAGUACAUGCGCACCGGGGACGGCUUCCUCAUCGUCUACUCCGUCACCGACAAGGCCAGCUUCGAACACGUGGACCGCUUCCACCAGCUCAUCCUGCGCGUCAAGGACAGGGAGUCCUUUCCCAUGAUCCUCGUGGCCAACAAGGUGGAUUUGAUGCAUCUGCGGAAAAUCACCAGAGAGCAAGGGAAAGAGAUGGCGACUAAACACAAUAUUUCGUACAUAGAAACCAGCGCCAAGGACCCGCCUCUCAACGUGGACAAAGCCUUCCAUGACCUGGUCAGAGUGAUCAGGCAACAGAUUCCAGAUAAAAGCCAGAAGAAAAAGAAGAAAACCAAAUGGCGGGGAGACCGGGCCACCGGUACCCACAAACUCCAGUGUGUGAUCUUGUGACGGGUCCAUGGAGGCCCUGGGCCACAGCGACCUAACCGGCCUGCCCUGGGGGGGGGACCCACAUGCCCCCUGCCUAACCGCACUGAACCCCCUUUUCUAACCACAGCCCUGGGGCCCCAGGAGGGCGCGGGGAGCAGAUGGGGCGGGGGAGGGGGGUAUUCAUUACAUCAAGUAUGGAGACUUCAUCUCCACUCGAGAUACCCGGCCCGUGCGCACACGCCCCUCCCCUGUGUGAGUUCAGACCUGUCUUUUGUAGAUUUAUAAGUUAUUCCAAUGACGAUUAUUUUUAUUACCUGCGGGGCAGAUUGUCCGUCCCGUCCCACGUCUGGGAUUCAGGACUGCGAUCCUCUUGAUUGAGUUUUCUCCAGCAGUGCCAAACUAACUCCACCCCAGAGAAAAGAGCGAGGGGGUGAUGGGUAUUCACGGAGGCCUCGGUCUCCCCAGCCGGACAGGAAACUGACCCUUGCCCACCACCCGGAGCCUGGAGCGGAGAAGACAGAAUUUGAUUUUGUGAACAUGAGUGGCUGGCCCAACCAUGUUCAUUCUCAAGGAGGUUUCUAAGCUGGGCACUGGUAGCUCACGCCUGUAAUCCCAGCCACC